AUGGCGUUAGGAAGAGAUGCGGUGUCGUGCAGGAAGCAGGACGGCGGCCAGGCGGAUGUGGAGGCGUGUCUUCAGUUCUCCAGCUCUAUGCCGCCCCUCACUCAGCUCUGCCAGCUUCCCUGUGAGGAAACCUGUCAGCUCAGCCUCUGGUCCAAGUUCUCCUCCUGCAGCGUGGACUGUGUGGGGGUCCGGACCCGCAAGAGGACGCUGGUCGGUAAGAGCAAGAAGCGUGACCAGUGUAAGAACAACCAGGUGUUCCCUCUCAGCGAGACGCAGUACUGCCCCUGCAACAAGUACAACGCCCAGCCGGUGGGCAACUGGUCUGACUGUGUGCUGCCGGACGGGGGGCGGCUGGAGGGCUCUCUGGGCAUGAAGGUGCAGGGAGACAUCAAGGAGUGUGGGCAGGGGUACAGGUUCCAGGCCAUGGUGUGCUACGACCAGGACAACCGCAUCGUGGAGACGUCGCGCUGCAACAGCCACGGCUACAUCGAGGAGGCGUGCAUCAUCCCGUGUCCGUCAGACUGCAAACUGAGCGAAUGGUCCAACUGGUCUCGCUGCAGUAAGUCGUGCGGCAGCGGAGUGAAGGUCCGGUCCAAGUGGCUCCGAGAGAAGCCGUACAACGGGGGGAGACCCUGCCCCAAACUGGACCACGUCAACCAGGCUCAGGUGUACGAGGUGGUGCCGUGCCUCAGUGACUGCGGUCAGUAUGUCUGGAGGUCUGAGCCGUGGAGCGUGUGGAAGGUCAGCAACGUGGACCUGAAGGAGAACUGUGGGGAGGGGGUUCAGACCCGCAAGGUCAGGUGCAUGCUGAACACCAUCGACGGGCCCUCGGAGCAGGUGGAGGAUUACCUCUGCGACCCGGAGGAGAUGCCCCUCGGAGCGAGGAACAGCCGACUACCCUGCCCCGAGGACUGUGUGCUCUCAGACUGGGGGGUCUGGACCCCCUGUCCCCUGCCCUGUGGGGGGAACAGCUCCAGAGAGAGGACAGCGCCCCCCCUCCGUCAGCCUGGAGACGGGAAGACGUGUCCUCCGUCAGAGGAGACGGAGAUCUGCAAACUCAACACCAACUGCUUCCACUACUCAUACAACAUCACCGACUGGAGUACCUGUCAGCUCAGUGAGCGAGCCGUCUGUGGAAACGGGAUUAAAACCCGGAUGCUGGAUUGUGUUCGCAGCGACGGGAAGUCUGUGGACCUGAAGUUCUGUAAGGAGCUGGGCCUGGACAGGAAGUGGCAGAUGAACGCUUCCUGUGUGGUCGAAUGUCCCGUCAACUGUCAGCUCUCUGAUUGGUCGACGUGGUCGGAGUGCACACACACCUGUGGACUGUCAGAAAAAAGAGAAAAGGGCCCAGAAAGGAGCCCUGAGGGACGCCAGUGA